AUGGCCCGCAACGCCAAUGAAAGUACAACAGAUGGGGAUGACGACAACUUCACUUUCAGCUGGAAAAUGUUCACCAGCUGGGACUAUCUCAUUGGCAACCCAGAGACAGCAGACAAUAAGUUUGCAUCCAUCACUACCAGCUUCAAGGAGUCUAUUGUGGACGAGCAAGAAAGCAACAAGGAUGAAAACAUCCACCUGAGGAGGUUCCUGAGGGUUUUGGCCAACGUCCUCAUCAUAUGCUGCUUGUGUGGGAGUGGCUACCUCAUCUAUUUUGUAGUGAAGCGCUCCCAGACGUUUUCCAAAAUGCAAAAUGUUGGGUGGUAUGAAAGAAAUGAGGUUGAGAUCGUGAUGUCCUUGCUGGGUAUGUUUUGCCCUCCGCUGUUCGAAACCAUCGCUGCCCUAGAAAAUUACCAUCCCCGCAUCGGGCUGAAGUGGCAGCUGGGGCGGAUCUUCGCCCUCUUCCUUGGCAAUCUCUACACGUUCUUGUUGGCCUUGAUGGAUGACGUCAAUGAAAAAUUGGCUGAAGAGGACGUGGUAAAGAACAUCACGCAGUGGACACUGCUUGGCCACCACAACUCAUCCGCAGGGAACAGCAGCGCCAGCCCACCCCCCCUUGAUCCUGCAGAUGUGCCCAGGGGACCCUGCUGGGAGACCACUGUUGGCAUUGAGUUCGUAAGGCUCACCGUCUCCGAUAUCCUGGUGACCUUCAUAACCAUCCUGGUGGGAGAUUUCAUCCGAGCUUGCUUUGUCAGAUUCGUGAAUUACUGUUGGUGCUGGGACCUGGAGGCUGGAUUUCCAUCCUAUGCCGAAUUUGACAUUAGUGGCAAUGUUUUGGGUUUGGUCUUCAACCAAGGAAUGAUUUGGAUGGGAUCCUUUUAUGCACCAGGGCUCGUGGGUAUAAAUGUCCUGCGCUUAUUAACCUCCAUGUAUUUUCAGUGCUGGGCAGUUAUGAGUAGCAACGUCCCCCAUGAACGCGUCUUCAAAGCAUCCAAGUCUAAUAAUUUUUACAUGGGACUAUUGCUGUUGAUCCUGUUCCUUAGCCUCUUGCCUGUGGCUUACACCAUCAUGUCCCUGCCUCCCUCCUUUGACUGUGGACCAUUCAGUGGGAAGAAAAGGAUGUAUGAUGUUAUCCAAGAGACCAUCGAGCUUGAUUUCCCACUUUUUGUUGCCAAGAUCUUCAGCUAUGUGGCAAAUCCAGGACUGAUCAUACCUGCAAUUCUGCUCAUGGUCCUCGCCAUCUAUUACCUAAACGCUGUGGCUGAAGCGUACCAGCGUGCCAAUGCAGAGCUGAAGAAGAAAAUGCAACUGCAACGCGAAGAGGAGAAAAACAAGAGAAACAACAAAGCCAGCACUAACCCCAUUAUGCAAGACCUGGAGGAUUUACUUACACCAGGUACAAAGAGUGACAGCCACUUCAAACAAGCAGAAGACAAGAAAAUAGAGACUUCUAAUAGAAACAGCCCUGUUGGAAAACAACGCAAAGCCCUGGAUGGCAGCCCUUUCACCGGUGGGAGAGGAGCAACAGUGUUUACACCGCCACUGCCGCACAUGUUCGUGACACAGCCACCGAGACUGGGGGUGUGGGCACCUAACCCUGGCCAGCCCAGGCUGAGGGGGUACCCACCAGGACCAGUCCCUGGAAGGGGAAGAGGGCAGCCACGCUACUCAUAUCCCACUUGA